UUAGAGUAAGAGGCAAAGCGGUUGUUGAGAGUGUUUUAGACCCCGAUAGACCUCCAUUUGGAAAAGGCUACUUAGUGUUGUUUUUUUCUGGAUGUCUUUGAGCUGGGCGACACAUUCAAACUUCACCAGUUCAUAAACAAUAAGGAGUGUGGAUGUGCACUUGCAUAUUUUUUUUGCCCACGUUCACCCGGGUUGAGGCGCGCACCGCACGCCGGACAGGCCUCUUCUGUGUGCGGUCCGUGAUCCCGGCAACGACGUCAGCAAGCGUGUCCGACUUCCCGGAGGCGGGGACCACAGAGAGAGAGAGAGAGAGGGAGACAGCCAAUCAGCGGGCUGGCUGGAGCGCACGAGGAGCCGGUGAUAUAAGAACAGCGAGCGCGCGACCGGCCGCUUGUCACUACAGAGGAAACGCAGGACGCGCUCGGUUUGAGAGCAGAAAACGAAACAAAAAAAACCCCAAAGACAUUCUGCUUCAUACGCGUGGAAUCAAAACACCCGAGUUAGUCACUGGACUCCGCUUUGAAUUCAACUAAAGGCACAAAUCGACGACUUGGUACAGUACAGUUCCACUUUUUUGGAAGUUUUGCUCUGUUUCUGAUAGCUGUGGUCUUCAGUAUAAUAAUUCGGCGGGACUGGUGCCGGAGAUUGAAUCAGUUCGGGACACUGAAGCCUCGGUGUCCACGCAGCAUCUUUUGCAGCGCACUCUUGUAUUUGACUUGUAUUUUGAAAUAUGUCCACAAUAAUGGAACAGCCUUUUUAUGACGACUCGUUUCUCUCUGCUUACGGCCAUCCAGGCGCAGCCCUGCCAGACUACAAGCUGCAUAAGCAGAGUAUGAACUUGAACUUCUCCGAUUCUUACCGGAGCUCGAACUUCAAGCCACAGCACCUGCGCGCCGAUAGCGAUUUCUAUUCGGCCGGGUCGGUGGACGUGGGCUCGCUGAAGCUCGCCUCCCCGGAACUGGAGCGACUGAUCAUCCAGAACAGCAACGGGGUCAUCACCACCACGCCGACGCCCGGCCAGUUCCUCUACAACCGCGGCAUCACAGAGGAACAGGAAGGCUUCGCCGACGGUUUCGUCAAAGCGCUGGACGAUCUGCACAAAAUGAACCAGAUGGCUCCCCCGAACGUGUCCAUCGGCGGCGGGGUGUCGUGCGCGUCGAUGCAGCAGGACGCGCUGGAGUACACCACCCUAAACAGCUGCGGCGCCAACCCCGGUCUGUCGUCCGCGGCCAGCUAUCCCUCCACCACCAUCAGCUACCUGCCGCACCACCAGUACCAUCCUCACCCUCACCUCGCGCACCACCACCACCACCACCACCCGCCGCCGGCGGCCGUUCCGCACGGGUCGCACCAUUUCCAGCACUCCCUGGCCGGCGCGGGCGUCCACUCGCAGCGGUUCGGCGGGUUGAAAGAGGAGCCUCAGACGGUUCCGGACAUGCUCAGCAGCGACGGGUCUCCGCCGAUGUCCCCCAUCGACCUGGAGAACCAGGACCGCAUGAAAGCGGAGCGCAAGCGGCUGAGGAACCGGCUCGCGGCUUCGAAGUGUCGCAGGCGCAAGCUGGAGCGCAUCUCUCGCCUGGAGGACAAGGUGAAGGUGCUGAAGACGGACAACGCCGGGCUGUCGAACACGGCGUCCGUGCUGCGGGAUCAGGUGGCCCAGCUCAAGCAGAAGGUCAUGACGCACGUGAGCAGUGGCUGCCAGCUCAUGUUGGGGCCCAAAGUGAAGUCUUACUGAGGAAAGGAAUGCACUUUAGAACAAGAAAA